AUGAAGGUCCCUGGUCACCUUUGCCAUAUACACAACACGUGGCCUUUCAUUUUCGUUGUCAUGAUGUUAGACCUUACGCAGAUCAGGGCUCCCUUGGUUCCAUCAGCCACCUCCAGUUAUGGGCUGCCCCUUGUCACCACUUGA